AUGCACUUCACCAGCUCACGAGACAACCCACCCCAACCAGCCUUAUCAGCCCUGGCGCACCUGCACGCCGCACCGCUCCCAGAAAGCCCAGCUCGUCAACACGGUAGUGCACAGCAUCGCCACGCCGACGGGACCCGGCGACAGGUCGACCCACCCGACCACGGACCCGGGCAGCGCCAUGUCCACCACGUCGGCCAGCAGCUUGCGCGCCACGGUAAAGACCCUGCCCUUCCUCUCCGCCGCCCGCGCGGCCCUCGCCUUCUCGAGCUCCCCCUUGCUCUUCUUCUCCUUCGUCUUGGUCUUCUCGCCGCCGCCGCCGAAGCCCUCGGCCGUCUCCGGCACGGGCGCCAGCGCGUACAGGUUCACGAGCCGCAGGGCGCCGGCGCAGGCGCCGCACGCCAGGGCCAGGAACCACAUGCGCUGCGCCUCGAGGUUGAGCCGGGCCGCGGUGGCGGGGGACCAGAGCCCGACCCCGGGGAUGCCGCAGGCGUCGAGGGUGCCCAGCACCUCGAGCAGGAGGUACAUGCCGUUGUGCGCGCGCGACGCCAUGUCGAGGUAGUCCUCGGUCGAGGGGGGCGCCGCGGCGGCGUUCUCCGCGAAGAAGCGGCGCACGACGACAAAGUUCUCCAGGAAGCGGAAGGCGCGGGUGAAGCGCCGGACGAGGUUGAGCUGCAGGCGCAGGGCGUUGAGGCCCGCGGCCGUGAGGGCGGUCGUGGGUGGGAGGAGGGAGAAGGUGGCGGUGAGGAGGACCGGGUAGGAGAGGAUGAUCUGGAGCAGGGCUUGGAAGAAGCGGCAUAUGCGGUCGAUGCCGACUUGUGA